AACAAUCAUAGUUUUGCACUCACCCCCCUCUUUUUUUUUCUCGUUGUAGAGAAACUAUGUAACCAAAUAGAAGGCUGCGCUCGAGAUAAUAAAUAUUAGAAUAAAAGGAGCGCUUUUAUUUCCCAUAUGUCAACAUGUCUGUGGCGUUUUCAUCGACGAGUCCCAGGAGUAAAGGGGAGGUGACACAGCAAACCAUCCAAAAGAUGCUGGAUGAAAAUCAUCAUCUUAUACAAUGCAUUAUGGGCUACCAAAGUAAAGGCAAGACAGCUGAGUGCACACAGUAUCAGCAGAUCCUGCACAGGAAUCUUGUUUACUUGGCCACAAUAGCUGAUUCUAAUCAGAACAUGCAGUCACUUCUACCGGCUCCUCCUAGUUCCAACAUGUCCAUGGAUCCUGGAAGAAUGAGCCACAGUGGGGGACAUGCUCCAAGCAACCUCAGUGACAGCAUUGGAUCAGGAGUGACCCCCACGUCCAUGAUGCAGAGCCAAAUGAGCAAUGUCUCCAUGAUGCACCAACAAUCUGCUCCUCCACACCAGUCCUCAGGCCACUCAGCAGGACAGUAUCAGGGACAGCAGGCGAUGGGCAUGAUGGGACAGGCCAGCCAAGGGAAUAGCAUGCUGCCCCAGAGGCCCAUGGGAUCCUACCGCUCCUCUCAGCAAGAAUCUGUACAACACUACAUGGGACAAGACGAACGCUACGGAGAGCAGUAUGGACACACUCAGAGCUCCACCGAGCCCAUAAACCAGCAGUAUUACGCUGAUGGUCUUGGAGAAUACUCUUAUCAGCACUCUUCAUAUGGUGACCAAGGCUAUGACAGGUCGUUUGAUGAGUCUUCUCAGCAGUACUAUGAAGGAGGUAGCUCUCAGUACAAUCAACAGCAGACCUCAUAUCAACAGAGCUCUGGCCAGCAACAACCUUACAGCCAACAGCAGUACUCCUCUCAGCAGGGCUACAGUGGGCAGCCACAAGGAUAUGGUCCUAACCAAGGGGGAUCAUCCCAGUUUUCCCAGUAUCAGCAAAGUCAAAGCCAACAGUAUGGAUCCUAUCGCUCUUCCCAAGGCGGUACCGGAGCACAAACUCAGAGACCGUACUCUUAUGAACAGCUACUAAAAAUCCAACUCCUAGACUGCUUCUGCUAACAUUUCUAAAAGAAUGGGUUGCUUUAUCAAGGGUUAUCAUGGGUUGCUUUGUCAAGUGUGGUACGUGGAUAGGAAGUCAUAAACGUUUGACUUCUACAUUACAGAAUAUUCCACAGUCAAAUGUUGCAACAAAGUGGAACCGAUUAGAAAAGUCAACCACAAAGUGGUAGGCUUGCUAAGCUCACAGUUCAGUGUGUGCUGAGACUCAUAUUGUUCAGGUGAUGCCAUCGUUACAAUCUAAAACUGAGUCCAGUACUUCAGUGAAUGGGUUUCCAUGACAUCAAAGCCUUCCUACAUCACCAAGUGUAAUUUAAACCAUUGGAUGGAGUGUUGUUAAUAAACAUGACAGGACUUCAUGUUUCAUGAAACUCACCUAGUUUUCUUCAAGAUUAGAUCCAAGUAAAAUGGAUUUUAAAAACACCAACAAACAUACUGUAGUUCUUUUAGUUCUAACAGAAAAAACACAACACAACUCCCCCUAAAAUACCAACAUUUUCAUGACUGUCUAAUUUUCUUCCCAAUUUCAGGGUCAGUAUGGAAACUAUUAGCAAUAAAGCACCACGCAAUUUUGCUAUUCAAGAACCAACUGCCGUGAUUUGCUUCAAUGAUAAUCUCCUCAUCGUAGAGAAAGGAAGAUCUCUCUGCACAAGAUUUAUUAUCUUUUUAGAACUCAGCAUUCUGUCCAAGAUUAAAUCAUUUAAUAAAUGUUUUUGCUUUCCUUCAUUCUACAUUGAUUUAACAGAGAGUCACGAAAAGGGAAAGCAUUUCCAUUUAAGUACAAAAUUGGAAGUUAGGUUUUCUGCAGCUCUAUUAGACGUAUAACCAAAGAAGAAAAUUCGUGUUAGAUAUGUGUCCUUUUUUAUAAUUCUCCCUUUAAAGAGUCAGGAGAUUUAUUUAUUUUUUUGGUACGUCUGAAGCAUUUCAGUUUUAUUGUAGGCACAGGGAAGGACUUCAAAAGGAAGGCCGUAAAAACAACAUUUUUAUUGUUAAGGUUUGUGGGUGUUGUUUCAGGGGAAGGGAAUUCAAUUUUUAAUGAAAAUGAGUUAUUGUUUGAAAUCAGGGGUUUGUCUGUGUUAGUCAAACUGUGAUGUGUUGCUGUGAGAUUAUAUGCAUUCACUUUUUAACACGUCUGAGACCCAACAAGUAGCUCACUGAUAAACACUGUACACUUGUCUAGAAUGAGCUUCGUAAUUGUAUUUUCAAAACUAUACUUUAGAGGCAUUGCUCUGCGUAGACAUCUUGUAGAGAUGGACAAGGAAAUUGGCUGUUAAUCAGCUCAAACAGCCAGGAUUGAUGACAGGACAGCCAGACACUCAAAUGAAUGCACCAUACAAAUGUGUUACCAAGUUGCUAAGACAACACCCUGCCUUUUUGUGAUUGAUUUUGCAAGGUGAAAAAGACUUAGAGUUAACUUUUUUUUUUUAGCAUUGGAUGUUCAACAAAUAAAAUUGAGCCACACAAAGAGAUGUUAGAAGUUUAAAUAGUGUUGCCUAAGAGAUGUCAAAAUGUGAUAAAAGUAUCAACAACUUUAGGUCAAUUAGCUGAACUAAAAAAUCUCCCAGGGUUUUAUAGACAACAAUGUGGCAGUGAAGCAUCUUGACCUGAAAAUCCAGCCGAUGAAAAUCCCAACUUCUUAUUUGUUUUAUUUCUUUCUUUUGCUUUCCCCACGCUAUGUUUUGUCGUUCACCAUAUGAAAAACCUUACCAUUUUGUCUCUGGCAAAAGCUGGGUCAAGCUAAAUAUUUGCAGUUUUCUGAAUUAUUUUUAUCUCAUGUCAGCCCCUUUGCCCCUUUUACCUCCACUGUGCCCACCUACCCCACAAAGAGGUCUGGCACCCCACCCUUUGAAAAGCCCUGCUUUAGAAUAUACACAUGAUGUGCUAACCUUUAUUAGUGUUGAAUGCUGUUAUUGUGUUAUACUCUUAUACAAAUCUUAAAUAGAAAUCGUAAUUGGUUAAAACUGGGAUCUGAACGUCAAAUUUUUACAAAAAACCUCCGUCCAUUAGCCAAGUUUCAAAUUGAUUAAUCUCUAGCUGUAUGCAAAGUUAAGAGGAAGCCAUUUAGUACUUGGGUUGCUACUUUGUCUGCACUUUAUUUUGUAGCUACGGUCAACAUAUUGUGUAAUUUCUGUAACAUAGUUUAUAUUUGGUUCACAAGUGAUCUUCAAAAAACCAAAGUAAUCCAGAAACUGAGCAAUGUCAUGUCCUGCAUAUAUUGCUUCAGUAAGUGCAAUACACUCAGUUGUGUUUUACAAGGUUGUAAUGUUUAAUUUAUUAUUCCUUUGACUUUUACUUGAUGCAAAGUAAAGUUGUCUUGGCUUAUUUAUGUCCUGACCUUCUGCAUUUCUGUGGUACAACUGGUGUGGUCUUACGAUUGUUACUAAUUUAUUUUUCAUAAAACAUAAUGAAGAAGAAGAAGAAGAAGAAACACCUCAAACUUUCGGUUUCCUAAAUGUGAUUAAUAAUAUCUAAUGAUUAUUGGUGUGGUCCUGUUAAAGCUUAAUUUACCUCAGACAGCAGAAUAACAGAACAGUUGCAGUUGUUUUGUAGUAUCUGUUAAGAAGCUGGCAAUCAAACAGUCAAUGAACCAUUCAACUCUGACAAUCAUGGCUCUGCUGUGCUGUAAUGGAUUGGUAUCUGUGUUUCAUAUGACUGUGAAUGGAGUUUUUGGUACGUUUUUUUCCCCCAAUUCUGUGUCAUGUCUUCACUUCUAAGUGUAAACAGCACCACCUUUGAAUGUGUUUGUGCGUGCGUGUGUGUGUGUGUGUGGGGAGGGGGGUAUGUUGGCUGAGUGUGUUUGCCAAUACAAUGUAUCUACAGAAGAAAACAGUCCAAUUGGAUGUGGGACAUACAAAUCUGAAAAUCCUCCAUCUGUUUGUUGGAAGACUGUUGCCUUUUGUCUUUUGUUACUGUUUGGUAAUUAAAAAUAAACUGGUUUCAACCUUUUUGGA